GCCGAGUCCCUGCCGCUCCGGACAGCGCUGGCGGACGGAGCGGCCGCCGCUGGAGCCUGCAGUGCCGGCGCCGUGCCGGGAGGGCCAGGAGCCGGCGGGCGGGAGGCAGAGGCUGCCGGUUGGUCGGCGAGCCAGCCGUUCCGGGACUCGGGCGCCUGACUGUCCCCGUCCCAGAGCGGCCACAUGGCUCCGCUCCGCGCGCUGCUGCCCUGGUACUACGCGCUCUGUGCCGCCGUGGGCAGUCAGACCCCAGAACUGCACCUCUCUGGGAAACUCCAUGACUAUGUUGUGACUGUGCCCUGCAGCACGGAUUUUCAGGGACGCUUCCUGUCCCAUGUGGUGUCUGCCCCGGCAGCUGCCUCUUCCCGGAGCCACCUCCGGGUGGCUCGCAGCCCCCUGAGCCUGGAAAGAGAGACUCUGAGGCCUGGUGGUUCAAGGCGCCAUUCCCUCUACUUCAAUGUGACUGUCUUCGGGAAGCUGCUUCACUUGAGCCUGCAGCCCAACCGGAGGUUGGUGGCACCAGGGGCCCCGGUGGAGUGGCAGGAGGACUUUUGGGAACUCUUCCGGCAACCCUUGCAGCAGGAGUGUGUGUACACUGGAAGUGUCACUGGAAUGCCCGGGGCAGCCGUGGCCAUCAGCAACUGUGAUGGAUUGGCUGGCCUCAUCCGCACAGACAGCUCCGACUACUUCAUUGAGCCUCUGGAGCGAGGGCAGCAGGAGAAGGAGGCUGGUGGAAGAACACAUGUAGUCUACCGCCGGGAAGCUGUCCGGAGGGAGUGGACGGAGCCUCAUGGGGACCUUCACAAUGAAGCCUUUGGCCUUGGUGACCUUCCCAACGUGCUGGAUCUGGUGGGGGAUCAGCUGGGUGACGCAGAGCGGAAGCGGCGACAUGCCAAGCCUGGCAGUUACAGCAUCGAGGUGCUGCUGGCAGUGGAUGACUCCGUGGUUCGCUUCCACGGCAGGGAGCACACGCAGAACUACGUGCUCACGCUCAUGAACAUCGUGGAUGAAAUCUACCAUGAUGCCUCACUGGGAGCCCAUGUGAACAUUGCCCUUGUCCGCUUGAUCAUGGUGGGCUACCGACAGUCCCUGAGCCUGAUCGAGCGAGGGAACCCAGCACGCAGCCUGGAGCAGGUGUGUCGCUGGGCCCACUCCCAGCAGCGCCAGGACCCUAGCCACACUGAACACCAUGACCACGUCAUCUUCCUCACCCGCCAGAACUUCGGUCCCUCAGGGUAUGCACCCGUCACUGGUAUGUGUCACCCCCUAAGAAGCUGUGCCCUCAACCACGAGGAUGGCUUCUCUUCAGCUUUUGUGGUGGCUCAUGAGACAGGACAUGUGCUUGGCAUGGAGCACGAUGGCCAGGGGAAUGGCUGUGAUGACGAGACCAGCUUGGGCAGCGUCAUGGCGCCCCUGGUGCAGGCUGCCUUCCACCGGUUCCACUGGUCCCGCUGCAGCAAGCUGGAGCUCAGCCGCUACCUGCCCUCCUAUGACUGCCUCCUUGAUGACCCCUUUGAGCGCACCUGGCCCGAGCCCCCUGAACUGCCUGGGAUUGACUACUCCAUGGAUGAGCAGUGCCGUUUUGACUUUGGCACUGGGUACCAUACCUGCUUGGCUUUCAGGACCUUUGAGCCCUGCAAGCAGCUGUGGUGCAGCCACCCCGACAACCCAUACUUCUGCAAGACCAAGAAGGGGCCACCACUGGAUGGGACAGAGUGCGCACCAGGCAAGUGGUGCUUCAAAGGUCACUGCAUCUGGAAGUCGCCGGAGCAGACUUACGGCCAGGACGGAGGCUGGAGUUCCUGGACCAAGUUUGGCUCGUGUUCUCGGUCGUGUGGAGGUGGAGUGCGAUCUCGAAGCCGGAGCUGUGACAAUCCUCCUCCAGCCUAUGGAGGCCGCUCGUGCACAGGGCCCAUGUUUGAGUACCAGAUCUGCAACAGCGAGGACUGUCCUGGGCCCUACGAGGACUUCCGGGCCCAACAGUGUGCCAAACGCAACUCCUACUAUACCCACCAGAAUGCCAAGCACAGCUGGCUGCCCUAUGAGCCUGACGAUGAUGCCCAGAAGUGCGAGCUCAUUUGCCAGUCUGCAGACACUGGAGAUGUGGUAUUUAUGAACCAAGUGGUCCAUGAUGGAACACGCUGCAGCUAUCGGGAUCCUUAUAGUGUCUGUGCACGUGGGGAGUGUGUGCCCUUCGGUUGCGACAAAGAAGUGGGAUCUAUGAAGGCAGAUGACAAGUGUGGUGUCUGUGGUGGGGACAACUCUCACUGCAGGACCGUGAAGGGGACACUGGGAAAGGCCUCCAAGCAAGCAGCGGCUCUCAAACAGGUGCAGAUCCCGGCGGGUGCCAGGCACAUUCAGAUUGAGUUGCUGGAGAAGGCUCCCCACCGCAUUGCGGUGAAGAACCAGGUGACCGGAAGCUUCAUUCUCAGCCCCAAGGGCAAGGAAGCCUCUAGCAGGACCUUUACUGCGCUGGGCCUGGAGUGGGAACAUGCCGCAGAGGACACCAAGGAUAGCCUCAAGACCAUUGGGCCCCUGCCUGAAGCAAUCACCGUCAUGGUGCUUCCUCCAGCUGAGGGUAAACCCCGAGGCAGCCUGGCCUACAAGUAUGUCAUCCACGAGGACCUGCUGCCCCUCAUUGGGAGCAAUAAUGUUCUCCUGGAAGAGACUGACACCUAUGAAUGGGCUCUCAAGAGCUGGUCUCCUUGCAGCAAGGCCUGUGGAGGAGGAAUCCAGUUCACUAAAUAUGGCUGCCGGCGUCGCCGGGACCACCACAUGGUGCAUCGGCACCUUUGUGACCAGAAGAAGAGGCCUAAGCCUAUUCGACGGCGUUGCAACCAGCACCCAUGUCCCCAGCCCACGUGGGUGGCAGAAGAGUGGGGUGCCUGCAGCCGGAGCUGUGGGAAACUGGGGUUGCAGACCCGGGGGGUGCAGUGCCUGCUGCCUCUCUCCAAUGGUACCCAAAAGGCCAUGCCAGCCAAGGCUUGCCUAGGUAACCGGCCAGAGGCCAAGAAGCCAUGCCUGCGUGUGCCCUGCCCAGCCCAGUGGUGGAUAGGAGCCUGGUCCCAGUGCUCUGCUACCUGUGGAGAAGGCAUCCAGCAACGGCAGGUGGUGUGCCGCAACAGCUCCAGUGUCCUCAGGCAGUGCGAAGGGCUCAAGCCAGACACUGUGCAGGUCUGCAGCCUGCCUGCCUGUAGAGGGGAUUUCCAGAACUCUACAGUGAAGGCAGAGGUCCAGGACACGGUGACCAAAGUGGGACACUGGGAACCCCAAUCCAGGCCCUUGACUCCCAUGAACAGGAUCUCAACAACGGAGCCCUGUGUGGGAGACAGAUCCAUCUUCUGCCGGAUGGAAGUGCUGGCCCGGUACUGCGCCAUCCCCGGCUACCACCGGCUGUGCUGCGAGUCGUGCACCACGAAGGCCUCAGGCCCCAAUGCCAGCCUGGCCUCUCCACCCACCUUCUCCACUCCGGGGAGUCUCUUGCAAGAACCCACAGCUACCCAGGAGGAUGCGGAGUCCACAAGGGAGCCAACCAGACUGGAAGACCGCCGGCAAAGCCAGCCCACACAGCUGCCAGGGCUAGUGGGUAGGCUCUCCUCAGUGACUCAGCAUCCCAUCACACCCCAGAUGCUAAGCGCUAGAACAUUUGAGGGCGAUUCUCCCACCACCCCACAGGGCCCACCUUGGGGCUGGACCCAAACAACUGUGCCAGCCCCCGAGGGCCAAGGACAGCCCAAGGAGGAACCAGGACAUAGAGGCACCAGCCUUCCUGCUACCUCCCCAGUGACCUGAACCCACCCCUCCAGUCAUGUUUACACUCUGCAUGUGGUCCCACUGACCCUGGCUCAGAGGACUCAAACACAGGGGACAGGAAGUAGCACAGUUUUCCUUUUUAAAUUAUUUGCCUUCUUAUUCUGUUUGGGGCUAUAAUACUCUUUACCCCCAUGAUAGGGUUGGGGGCAAAGGGAAAUCAGGGACUGCCCUAACCAGAAAUACCUCAGCCAGCAGAGCUCAGGCCUUCACUCUCAAGUGACCCCUGAGAUCUGUCCCUCCAGGCUCAGCAAUACCCCUUCCCACAGCCACUGGGCCUGGAUAGGGCUGAAGUUCAGGCAGGGGCUGGUCAGAGAUUCUCCCUCAUCCAUGACUUCUGACUACCAGGAUGGCCUGCACAGCCACCCCUACAUCCUCAGGCUCCCACACAUCCCACCCCAAAGGCAAAGCAGGGCUGCCCAUGAGGCAGACUGGGGAAAGUGCUGGAUGACUAUAGCAGCGAGGCCUUCAUGGCUGCAGGGUCUGGCAGGGGAGAGUUUUUCUCAGACCUGGCUCUUGUCAGCUGAGGGCUGCUAAUAACCCCCAACAGGCGUGCUUUGCUGCCUAUAGGGUCACUUUUGCGGGCCCCCUGUGUCCCUGUAGAUGUCACUGCUGGUGACUCCAGAUAAUAGACUGACCUCCCAAUCUCACACCCAAGCCACCCAAGGAGGCCUAGACACACCCCUUCAACAUCCAGGAGGUUCCAAGCUGGGGCUUGAUCCCUGGUUGGACCAGAGACAGCAACUUCAAUCAUCACUGAAGGGCCUGAAGGAGGCCCAGCCUGAAACGUGACCCCCAGGUCCCAGAGAGAUGUCACUUCCCAGACUGCCCCCUCAGCCAUCACUCUCUGCUGAAGCCGGUUUCUGUUGGAGUUGGGGGUCUUCCCUCUGGCUCCAGUUGGGCCAGACUGUGCGAUGCUCAGAAGGUAAGGGCAGGAGGGUCACAGGCCAAGACUGAAGAAUCUACCCAGCUGGACCCUGCAUGGCCUGGGCAUGAUGCCAGCUGCUGCUCCUGGUAAGGAGGAUGCACCCAGUACCUUCCAUGGCCCUCUGGCUCUCAGGAAAUGGCCUAGGUCCUUGUUUUGAGGGUCAAUGGCAGAGGUGCUUGUCUGUCCACCUUCCUCAGUUGGAGGAAGGGAAGCCUUAGGCCUCUGGCCUGCAAGCUCCAUAGGGAGCAGCGGUGCUGGAGACUCUGCAUGCUCCUCUCACUCCUGCUCUCCCUUUGCAGGUGGCUGGGGCCACUCCAAGUCAGUCCUGUGUGGCCCAGCCUGGAGAGUCUGAUUUUUAAAAUGUUACCUAUUUAUUAA